AUGCUUAAAAAUGAACAAAAUCUAACCAUUAAUUAUUGUAAAUAUUUAAAAAUAUAGAAAUAAAUAUUGAUAAAAAUGGAACAAGAAGUCGAAGAAGAAGUUUCUGAAACACAACUGAAAAUACGUGAAGAAUUGUCGAAUAUGAGUUUUGAAGAUAUAUUAAAAUUGAAAGAAGAAUUAGGAUCAAAAGCGUAUAAUGAAAAGGUUUUCAAUAAAAGACCAAGAAAGAAUCAAUUUAAUAAUCAAUUUAAAAGAGAAAAUAAAAAUCGACCACGAGAAAUGAGUUCAAAAAUACCUACACCUAUGUUAAAUAUUUGUACUGACAAUAAGAGAAUUCAAAUUAGAGAUCCAAGAUUUGAUCCUCUUUGCGGUACAUACGACGCAAAAAAGUUUAAUAAUCAUUUUAAGUUUAUAAAUGAACUUAAAGAUAAUGAAUAUAAAACUUUGAAAAAAGAAUUAGAAGAAACGGAUGAUCCUGUUAAAAUUAAAAAAAUUAAAUUAGUCUUACAACGUAUGGAAAAUCAAGAACGAGAAAGACAAAAACAUAUAAAAGAAAAGGAAAUCGAUGAAGAAGAACGCACUGAACAAAUUAACGCACUCAAACAAGGGAAAAAGGCACAUUUUCGAUCAAAUGCUGAACGAAAACUGGCUUAUCAUGUUGAAAAAUAUAGAGAACUAAAAGAAAAGGGAAAACUUAAAAAAUACAUUCAAAAGAAACGUAAAUCAAAUAUCCGAAAAGAUUAUAAAAAUUUUAUUCCAACAUAAUUACAAUUUU